AUGUCCCAUAUCCUUUGGUGCCUUCCAAAAAGGAAAAAAUGCAACACUUUGCUUGUUUUCUUGACAAUUUUUAAGAAGCUGGAGAUCACCAUUCCUUUUGGAGAUGCCCUGCAGCUGAUGUCGAUAUACACUAAAUUUUUGAAGGACUUUCUCACAAAGAAAGGGAAGAACAUCAACAAUGAGAGCAUUGUGGAAGAAAGGAAUUAUAGUGCUUUGAUUCAGCAAAUUCUACCACAAAAGUUCAAGGAUCCCAGAAGUGUGACCAUCCCAUGCUCUAUUGGGAUUGUAUCAGUAGGAAAAGCUCUCAUUGAUCUGGGGGCAAGCAUCAAUUUGAUGCCUCUCUCUAUGUGUCGGAGGAUUAGGAACCUGAAGAUUGUCCCAACCAAGAUGACUCUUGAACUAGAAGAUUGCUCUUUUAUGAGGUCAUAUGGUGUGGUUGAAGACGUCCUGGUUAAGGUUCAGCAGUUCAUCUUUCUUGUGGACUUUGUGAUCAUGGACAUAGAGGGGGAUUCAAACGUUUUCUUGAUUUUGGGCCGUCCAUUUAUGCUCACUGCUAAAUGUGUUGUCGACAUGGGGAAUGGUAAUCUAGAAAUGAGUUUGGAGGACCAGAAGGUGACCUUCAACUUGUUUGAAGCGAUAAAACACCUUAGUGAUAGCAAAACCUACUUCACUAUGCAUUAUGACUGGAAAACGCCUUAA